AUGUCUUAUAAUAUCUGUGAAGAUGUGUUUAGGACCGAUUCUGGACAAAGUGAAAGAGAUCUAUUGGAGAUGACAGUGGCUAUUUAUGAAAGUGCAGACUGUGUGAGUGAUCAGGACUUCAGGACAAACACACAACAACCUCUUCUACAAACAGGUAGUGGUUCUUUAAAGACAAGCACCAGAGCAACUACUGUGUGUUUGGUUCUGCUGUGUUUUCUACUGCUGACUGCAGUCAUAGUGCUGAGUGUCUACAUCUAUGAAAACAACACAAACUACACACAAGAGAACAGAAUUACUAUCCUCACAGAACAGAGUGACCAGCUACUAAUCAAUAUGACCAACCUUACAGAAGAGAGAGAUCAACUACUAAUCAACUUGAUCAACCUCACAAAAGAGAGAGAUCAAAGGGUCAAAGUUUUAAAUUCAGAGAAGGAUCAGUUGGAGAAUGAGAACCAAAUCCAGAAAAAUAAAGAGAAAAGAUUAUCAUCUGAGAAUGAUUCUUUAAUGAAACAAAGAGCGCAGUUACAACAGGAGAAAAUUGAAAUGCAGAGGUGUCUUCAGGAAUUGGGUGGAUGUUUUUAUUAUCAGUCCAGAUUAUACUUCAUUUCCUCUGAGAAGAGAAGCUGGUCUGAGAGCAGAAGAUACUGUACAGACAGAAAAGCAGAUCUGAUCAUCAUAAACAACAGAGAAGAAUUAGAUUUUGUUGAGAAAAUAUCUGGUGGUGCUUUGGUCUGGAUUGGUCUGACUGACAGAGCUAAUGAGGACAUAUGGAAAUGGGUCGAUGACACCAGCCUGAUCCCUGGGUUCUGGAAUCAUGGAGAACCAAAUGGAUAUCAUAGUGAGGACUGUGCUGUGUUUCGUUCAUCAGGAUGGGCUGAUUAUCCGUGUCAUUCGACUUUUCGAUCGAUCUGUGAGAAGAACAUUUAA